CACUCUGACUUGGAGGCAGACAUCCACACAGUUUGCAGGCUCUGUGUACGGGAGAAGCCACUGGUACGGUAGCCAUGUCACUAGGUUCUUUGGCCUUCACCCUCUUCUUGACUGUUGUUGCUGGUAUCAAGUGCAAUGGGACAGAAGUUUGUGCCGGAAGCCCUGGGAUCCCUGGCACUCCUGGAAACCAUGGUCUGCCUGGCAGAGAUGGGAGAGAUGGUGUCAAAGGAGACCCUGGACCUCCAGGUCCCAUGGGCCCUCCUGGAGGAAUGCCAGGUCUUCCUGGGCGCGAUGGGCUGCCUGGAGCUCCUGGUGCACCUGGAGAACAUGGAGACAAGGGAGAGCCUGGAGAAAGGGGCCUUCCAGGGUUUCCAGCUUACCUGGAUGAGGAGCUUCAGACCGAACUCUAUGAGAUCAAACAUCAGAUUCUGCAAACACUUGGAGUCCUCAGCUUGCAAGGAUCCAUGCUGUCAGUGGGGGAUAAAGUCUUUUCCACCAAUGGGCAGUCAGUCAACUUUGAUACCAUUAGAGAGAUAUGUACCAGAGCCGGUGGCCACAUUGCUGCCCCGAGGAAUCCUGAGGAGAACGAGGCCAUCGCAAACAUUACAAAGAAGUACAACACCUAUGCCUACUUAGGUGUGAUUGAAGACCAGACUCCUGGAGACUUCCACUACCUGGAUGGGACUUCUGUGAACUAUACUAACUGGUACCCAGGAGAGCCCAGGGGUCGGGGCAAAGAGAAAUGUGUAGAAAUGUAUACAGAUGGGAAAUGGAAUGAUAAGGGCUGCCUGCAGUACCGGCUGGCCAUUUGUGAAUUUUGAUCAAGCAAUUAGAUGAAUAGAUAAAA